GGUAUUUUUCCUUGUACGGAUGAAGUGGGAGAAGGGAUGGGAAUCGAGGUGGGGACAGCGAGCGAAGGAGAGAGGGGGCGCUUGGGCAAUGUUCCGCCACCUGACGAGGCGGAAGCAGGUGGACUCUAAUCGCGAAAGGGCCGGCGGAGGUCAACAGCUCGCCAAUGCGUGGUCGGUUCCGCAGCUUGUGGCCUUAGGUGCUGGAGUCUAUGUUCUUGUUGGUACUGUCGCCAGAGAGAAUGCAGGACCAGCUCUCACCAACUCCUUUCUCAUUGCUGGAAUAGCAGCUGCUCUUUCAGCUUUCUGCUACACGGAGCUUUCAAGCCAAUGCCCUUCUGCAGGAAGUGCCUACCACUAUUCAUAUAUUGGUGUAGGAGAACGUGUUGCUUGGAUUAUUGGCUGGGCUUUAAUUCUUGAAUAUACAAUUGGCGGGUCAACCGUUGCACGUGGCAUAUCUCGAAACUUGGCAUUAGUUUUUGGAGGAAAAGAUAGUCUACCUUCAUUUAUGGCACGGAUUCAGAUUCCAGGCACUGAUAUUGUGGUCGAUCCCUGUGCUGCUAUUCUAGUGCUGCUUGUGACUACAUUAUUAUGCAUAGGGAUAAAAAAGAGCACAUUGGUACAAGGAAUUAUCACUAUAAAUGUUUGUGUCUUGUUAUUUGUCAUCAUUGCUGGUGGAUAUCUUGGCUUCAAGACUGGAUGGGUUGGGUAUAUUGUAGCUGGCGGUAUUCUCAGUAAUAACCGCCUUGCAUUUGGUUUACUCUGUAAUGCAUGGGUCAGUGUUGGCACACUUCUUGCAUUCACCAUAGUUGCAGUUUCAAUCUUGAUACUGAGAUAUGUUCCACCAAGUGAGGUUCUGCUGCCAUCAUUUCUCCAGCAGUCAAUUGAUUCAGUUUCAUUUCACCAUAAUUUUCAAAAUAAUGGGGAAGAGGCAGAUUCUUCUGGAAUUAUCUGCAGUAACCAAGACCAAGAUGAUGGCACAUCUCAAGAAGUUUCUAAGGAAUCAUCUGAUUAUCCUCUGAUUGCAAAGGAAAGUAACAAAGAUACGGAGGGAUCCCCAUCACCAAAUUCUCCUCCAAGAUCCUCAUCGAGUACUGCGAGAAGCACGUCAAUGUCCAGGACAUCGAAGAACUCAUUCGUUGGGAUGAAGAAUUCGUUAAGGUCGAAGAGUCCACCCUAUUACAUCUUGUCUUGGCUGCAGACUACUUGCACAUACAGGGGCUGUUGGAUCUGACAUGCCAAGCUGUAGCUAACAUAAUGAAGGCCAAGAGUCCUGAAGAGAUCCUCAUGAUAUUCGACAUCAAGAACGACUUUGCCCCCGGGGAAGAGGAAGGGGGGGAAGACCAAGACCAAGGCGAAAGGGGGGGAAGGGGGGAAAGAGGAUGAAGAUGAGGAAGGGGAAGAGGACGAAGAUGAGGAAUGGGAAGGGGAAGGGGAUGAGGAUGAGGAAGAGGAAGUGGAAUGAGUGGGACUCUGAGUAACUCUCUGUCGAAGCAUCUGCUUUGUCCUUUAAACUCUCUGAAGAGAUCUGCUUGUGAAACAUUUUGUUGAUUGGAUAUAUGUUUUUCUCAAAA